CCUAGUAUAAAUAAAAUCUUAUUAGCUAGGAAGCCAAGCAAUGACUCAUGAGAGUUGAAGUCUUCAUUUUUUUUGUUUGAAGUCUUCAACUUUGUACAAUCUAAAAGAUGAUGAACAAGAGAAUAUCUUGGUUUUGGAUUAUAAACCUCUUCCUUGGUUUCUCAUUCUAUAACCUUUCAGUUUCACAGGCUAGGCCUAUUUCCAGCCAUCAACCAACUGCUGUUGUUAUAGGGACUGUUCUCUGUGAUGCUUGCUACCAGCAAGAUUUUUCUAAGGCUAGUCACUUCAUUUCAGGAGCUAUUGUUGCAGUAGAAUGUGCAAAUUCAGGUAAAAGGUCAAGUUUUUACCAGGAAGUGAAGACCAAUAAGCAUGGAAAAUUCAGUGUACACCUUCCUUUCUUGGUGGACAAAUAUGUCAAGCAAAUUAAAGGAUGUUCGGUUAAGCUGAUCAACAGCAGCAAGCCACAUUGUGCUGUGGCAUCACCAGCAACUUCAUCUUCUUUCCAACUCCACUCGAGGAAAAAACGGAUACAUAUUUUCUCUGCUGGAUUCUUCACUUUCAAACCUGUCAACCAACCAAAGCUCUGCAACCAAAAGCCAAGUAGCCAUGGUAUCUACAAUAAAGAAGUAUAUGUGCAGAAGUCUUUAACUUCAACUCCUAACGAUCCCACAUUUUCUCAACCAAUUCAAGGUAAACCAUCAAGUUUUACUACCAUAAAACAAGGAUUGCUUCCACCUCUUCCAAGAUUGCCUCCUUUGCCGGAGCUCCCUCCUCUACCACCUCUUCCAUUAUUUCCACCAAUUUUUCGUUCACCUCCAACGUCUCCGCCUUCAAUAUUUCCUCCAUUUAUCCCACCACCUAUACCAGGUUUAACUCCUCUUUCACCUCCAAUGUCUCCACCUUCAAUAUUUCCUCCAUUUAUCCCACCACCUAUACCAGGUUUAACUCCUCUUUCACCUCCAAUGUCUCCACCUUCAAUAUUUCCUCCAAUUAUCCCAACACCUAUACCAGGUUUAACUCCAUUACCGCCACCACCUCCGCCACCAACCUUCCCAUUCCAUCUACCUCCGUUCCCAUUCCGUCCAAUAUCUGGCUUCCCUGGAGUUCCUCCUGCUACCACUUCAUCUCCAGAGAAAAAUAACUCUCCUUAGUCCAAAACACAAAUAUAAAAACACCUGCAAAUAACUAGUAGUUUACAUCAAACACUAUGUAUAACUCUCAAUCAUUCCCUUGGGUUCAAGGCUGAAUAAAGAAAGAAAGAAGAUAUAUUGAAGACUUGGUGAUAAAGCAAUAAAAAACAUUAAGCUAGCAUUCUAAAAGACCCUUUUCUUGUUACUUCCUCUUCAUGUUUGUAGGUUUGUUGUUUACAAAGCAUAUAAGAUGGGACAUGGGGGGUCAAAAUGAUUGUCUAAUAUCUAAUAGUUCUUCAAUAAAAUCUAACUAUUAACAGGUGA